UCGUCUGUGCAGUGUAAUGGUUAGGUUAGAUACAUACCAUUUUCUUGUUAACCCUCUAAUUACUAUCAUAGGCCUUAGGCUCUGGGAAAAUGCGCCCUCCUGUGAGGCGUCUAGUGGAACAAGGCCGAGUUUACGCUCUGCAGACAGACGGCAACAGAAGAAGAUCGGCCAAAAUCACAAUCGAAAGCAAUAAACUUCUCCUCUAUUGCUUACAAGAAGAAGAAAAGCCCAUUCCCAAGGCGUAUUAUGUCCAGUAUGAAGACGUUCGAAGCCUGGCCACAUCCGAAAGCACCGUAUUCAUGGACCUGACCAUGAAAGGAGCCGAAUUGGGGAGGGUCAGCAUCCUCUUGAACGAAAAUGGCAGAUACAGAAGCCUUCAUCAUCACUUCACGGGUGGAUCCGGAGACAGCUACGUCAACAUGCCCUUACAGAUAGCCAACAGAGGGCAGCUCUGGGAGAGGACAGUGCUGGGCUAUCACAUGUCAGAAGCAGUGAGCGAAAACGUCUCCCGUUAUUGUUUAGCAAGAUCGCACGUCAUCCAGAGCGACAAGGGGGCAGUUUGGUACCUGGAUUCUGGAACUCCGCCCGUGAUUGGCAUACACACGGGUCCCUUCCAGCCGAAGGGCGGCACGAUGUAUGGAAACGUUGUGGAAGGGCUGAGCACGAUUAGUGAUGCCAUCUAUUGGUGUGAGGACAUAAAAGACAUUAUAGUUGGUAAGUGUGGUUUAGCGUUGAUGACCAACGAGCCUAUUACCGACUGACGGGAAUCUUCGGUCGGAAAUAUUAAAGAACGUGAGUCAAAAACUUCAAUAAAAUUAUCAGCUUUU